CGCCCGCCGCCCGCCGCCCCUCCGCCUCACCUUCGUCCACGCCGGGUCCGCGUCUCAAUGCAGCGGCUUCCUCUGUCGCGGUGUGCCGCGCAGGCCUCACAAUGGCCGCCCGCCCCGUCGCGCUGCCUCUACGCCGCCCAGCGGUCCAUCACAGCCCGCCGUCACGGGACACCGACACAGACACGCAGCCAGACGACGACAUCGAUGGCCCGUGACGCCCUGGGCGAGCUGCCCGCCGCCUCGUCGCUGCCCGCCCCUCGCGCGCCCAAGAAGCGGCCGCCGCCCGCGCGCCUCGAGAAGCUGCCGUCCCCACACCCCAGCGCCGCCGAGCGCAGCAUCAAGCUGCACGCCCUGCGCAGCCGUCUGUCGCUGCCGCAGCGCUUCCCGCUGCAGACGCUCGCCCGCACGCUCGUCCACCCCUCGGCCGACGCCAAUCCCGCCUUCAACAACGGCUCGCUGUCCAUCCUCGGCCGCCAUCUGCUCGGCUACUACACCACCGAGUGGCUCAUGUGCAACUACCCGCGCCUGCCCAUGGCCGUCGUCUUUGCCGCCGUCGACGCCUACGUCGGCCCGCGCGCCCUGGCCACCGUCGCCAGCGAAUGGGGCAUUGAGGCCGCCGCUGAGCCCGGCGGCGAGGUCGACCCGGGGCUGCUGCAGUUCCGCCGCAUCCAGGCGGGCGCCGACCUGCCCGCCGCCCUGCGUCGCCAGGCCCCGUGGAGCUGGAACGUCACCACCACCCACAAGAUCAUGAAGACGGACGAGUUCGGCUCCGACCACGCCGCCCCGGCCGCCCAUUCCCUCAGCGGCACCCCCGUGCCCACCGAGCUGGCCGCCCAGUCCUUCGUGCGCGCCCUCGUCGGCGCCCUGCACCUGCAGCUCGGCGCGCCCCUCGUCAAGCGCUUCUUCCGCAGCCACUUCACCAGCCGCCACCUCGACCUGAGCACGCUCUUCGACUUCCGCACACCCACCCAUGACCUCUCGCGCCUGUGUGCACGCGAGGGCUUCGAGUCGCCCGUCGCCCGUCUCAUUUCGGAAACGGGUCGCCUGAGCAGACACCCCGUGUUCGUCGUCGGCGUGUACAGCGGCAAGGACAAGCUGGGCGAGGGCGCAGGGAGCUCGCUCGACGAGGCCCGCACACGUGCCGCCGCCGCCGCGCUCAAGGCCUGGUAUCUGUACCAGCCGCUUGACGUCACGGUGCCAAGCAGCACAGAGGGCGAGCUGGACACAUCCAAGUGGCGCCCCAACUUCAUCGACUGCGGUGAAGUUAUCGUGUAGACGAACCCCGGCGCAUUGAGAGAUUUUAGCAUGGACUGUACGCUUAGAUGACUCGCAUCUUCUUCACCUGUACACUUUGGCAGACGGCUUGGACGAACGCAGCGGAGAGCGGGCAGCGCAUAACGGAGCAGAACAG